AUGUCUGUCAUUCAACUCGAAGAACUUGUGUCAUAUCAGCUACGAAUCGCCUAUCUGGACGAAAUCGCCGACGGGGUUGGUGAGAGGUUGCUCACUGUCAAUGAUAACCUUUUGAACUCGGCCUCGUUCAAGGCUGCCGGUUGGCGCCCCGACUCGUCCCAUACCAAGCGGACUUACUCUCCGCCCAUCCCUACGGCAGUCGCCUCGGAUUACUUUCAAGCCCCCAAACGAGCAGGUCUCACGCUGGAAGAUGGGGAGGACUAUGGCGGUAUGCUCACCGGGGGAGGGGCCGAUACCAUAGGUCCCGGAACGGCGACGAAGAGGCGCCGGCGCCUGGAGCAGAUGGAGGAGGAGGAGGACAGCAGCGACCUGACCGACGAGAGCGACGAAGAGCAUGAACAGAGGGCCGCGCAGCAAAUCAAGUUUUCCAAAAUGCCGGUGAGGCAGCGUGCCGGGUCGUCCCCGUCGCAGGUGCUGCUGCCUGCCAGGCCUCCGACGUCGCCCCGGGCCCAUCGGCGAGGCUCCCAGUCCGCCCUGGGCGCCGUGCGUGAGCGGCCGCGUAGGGACACGGUCACCAGCAGUGAGAUUUCUUCCGAGAACGAGUUCGACCUACCCGCGGCUCACAGGCACCGCGAGGCCGGCCGCGCGGCGGCAAGAGCGGUCCGCCUGCAGGAGAAGAUCAGCGAGGAACCAGCGCAGCCGGGAAUCAAAAGGGUCGGCACCGACCUCCUGCCCGAGGAAGAAGAGUACGACUCGGACGAGGUCUCGGAUCUGUCGGGGGAUUACGUCGCUAGCCUGGACUCGGCCUCGAUCCUGGACGGCGUGGAAAACCCCAUCAAUGCCUCGCCGACGGAGCAAGUGGUGGGAACGCCGCCGAGAAACUUUGUCAGGCAAUCCACGAUUCGCAAGUCCCACGUUCCCGCCAAGCCCGCCGUCUUGGAAGCCCUCCCCCCUCCUCGCCCGAUGAGCAUGAUACGGCCGGCGAGCUUGCUCCAGCCCACCAGUUUGCUCUCGGCGGCGCUCAAGGCCAAGGAGCACAGACCGUCCGUCCCGUUCCAGAAGUUUGCUCAUCUCAGCGGCCAGGGGACUCAGGGCUCCCUCGCCGUGCGCAUCUACGCCCCCUUCUGCAAGACUCCGGCCAAGCCCUUCGAGGUGCUGAUUCGGCCCCGUGCCCAGGACGGCCAGGGUGCCGAGCGCGCGGUCACCGUGACCGACUUGAUAGGGCUCAGCCUGUACCAGUACCACAAGGAGAGGAAGGAACCUCAGAUUCCGCCCCGCAAGUACAGCGUCAACUGGUGGACGCUGAGGAUGGUGGAGGAGGGCGGCGAGGUUGACGACGACUUCCCCGCCUUUGACAGAUGCCGGCCACUUGCCGCCUUCACGACAGUCAACAACGCCAGCGCACGAGGUGGGGGCCGAAUGCGGUCCAACUCGACCGCGUAUGAUGACUUUGCCCUGGUCCCCGCCUCGGGAGAGGAAUACGAGGAGAACAACGUGCUCACCCCCCAGCAAGACGAGGCCGAGGCCGAGCCGAGGCAGGAUGCUGCAGCAUCAGCAGCAGCAGCAUCGCAACAGCAAGCCAAGCGCACCGCCGAGAACCUCGACGACGAAGCCGCCACCGCUGCUCCAAACGCGCCAGCACCCCCGCGCAAGCAGUUGGUCGAGGCAGCUCGGCCGCGCCAGAAUCCCAUCGUCACAACCACGUACCGGCCCAACACCCCCCUUGCCGACACGCCGCAAGUACCCGUGACCAUGCCCAACACGGCCCGCGGCCAGCAAAAGCUGCUCCGCGUCCACAUCAUGUCGUCAGACGUAGCGCCGGGACAAAUGGUGACGGUGGAUGUAACCACGGACACGUACCUGGCCGAGGUCCUCGACACUGUCUGUCGUAAGAGGCAGCUUGACAAGGCAAACCACGUGCUCAAGCUUCCGCUCUCCGGAGCCGUAGUCAUGAUCGAUCGGCCCGUGUCGUCCAUCGGCAACGUCUCGGACCUCGAGCUCUACAGAAGGCGGUUCGCCACCGACGGGCCUUUGAGCAUGACCGGGUCGCCCAGCAGCUCGUCGCCGAGGACGGUUGGUCUGCCAAGCAGCCAGGGGCUCGCGCAGAGGAGAGACAACAGAAAGGGGCAGCUGCUGGGACCGCACCCGCUGGCCCAGGAGGGGCUCAAGCAGGAUGAGCUGGGGACUGCCAACUACAAGAAGUACGUGGUCUGGAGGAAGCAGCCGAUGCGGCUGGUGAGCAUGAGCGAGAGGAUAUUGGUCAUUGACGGGGAAUACAUUCACAUUGUGCCUGCGUCCGGAGGGAAAGCGGUGCAUGACGGAUCAGGCAAGACGACGACGGUGCACUUCAGCAAUGUCAUUGGGUGCAAAGUUGCUCGAAAACAUCCCACAAACGUAAAGCUCGUGGUGUAUAGGGCUGCCGAGAGCAAGCGGUACGAUUUCGAGGCUCGCGGCGCGGACGAGGCGGCGGAGAUUGUAGCGGAGCUGAAAAAGGGCAUCUCGCCUUAUCGAGAAGUGUGA